CUAAAGACAAGGCAGUCGUCAAGAAAGGGAGUUUGACCAAGAGCCUGUGGUGUCCGUCGGCUGCCAUCCAUGGCAGGGGAGGCCAAGAAGCUCUUCUUCGCAUCCGAGGUUACUCUCCACGCCUCCAGGAAGGACUGCUGGGUCGUCAUCGGCGGCAAGGUGUAUGAUGUGACCAAGUUCUUGGAGGACCACCCUGGGGGAGAGGAUGUGCUUCUCCAUGCAUCAGCCGCCCCAUGCCCCGUCCAGGCCCGGGCUCACCCCUGCUGCGCCAUCUGCCGAGCUCGACCCUGCGCGCUGGCCGAGGCCGCUGCCGCGCCGACCACCACGCUGGGCGAGAUCGCGCUAGGUGAGGUCGUGCUGGGCGAUGUCAUGCUGGACAGGGCGCCUCGUCUGCAUCAUAGCCCAUGGACACACCGACCAUGGAAAAGCUGUAUCGUUGUCCUGGUGUUUCAUGAGCAUUACGUGAGCAAUAAGAGUUGUUUGCAUCCUACAAGUUGCAAAUACUAGCUUCAUGCUGCCUCUGGGGAUGCCACGGAAGCAUUCGAAGAGGUGGGACACAGCACUUCAGCCGUCAGCAUGAUGGACAGCUACUUGAUUGGAAGCAUCAAGGACUAUGUUCGUCCGAGUGCAUCGAAGGCCACAGAUCCUUGGAGCGCUGAUGUUCUACCAAAUUCCAGGACGAUGCAAGGGAACAAAGUCACUCCUAAUCCAAAUACCUUCCUGGACUUUCUUCUCCCAUUGUUUGUGCUUGGCCUGGCAUUUGCAGCUUGGUAUUACCUAACCUUCAUCUCCAAGAACCAUUAAAUACAGUGAAGCUGGGAAUUAUUUCUCACUAUUAUACUGUUAGGGUUAUAUCAGAGAAAACAUUAAAAGAAGGCAAACCUUGUAUUAUGGUAUUUUGCACUUGAAGGUUGCUAGCUAGGGUUUCCUUGGAUGUCCUUUCUUACAUGUAACAGGCAUGUCAGUACGCAGAUGUAUGAAUGAAACAAUUUAUCCUUAUUUUUCCAAUUUGUGCUUC